AUGACGCGUAAUUCAAUGACAAGCAGCCUGGCUGCCACGUCUUUAUCAUACAAGAAAGCAUCGCCUUCUACCAGUCAGCGCUACACCGUUGACUCCUUACACGCAUCGGACCCGGCCUACCCGAAGCGCACACAAUCACCGCAUCAACCACGAGCGUCUCGCGAGCAACAACCUACCGAGACGGGCGCCAACAGUGGGCCAAAGGUCGUCGAGCUCGCAACGCUGCUGGAAGAAGCCUUCGGAGCUCCCACGAGCGAGUCUGAGGAGGUCCCAGAACGAUCAGAUCCGUCCACUGAGCUUGCGUCCCCUGGCAAGCGCCUGGAAUACCAACCCUGCUGUCCCUAUUGCGGACGCAUGAACGCAUAUGACUACUGGUGCUGCGAUCCGGUCAUGCCGCGUGUUUGCCAGGGCGGUGAUGGGAUGCUGGACGGCGAGGCUUUGAAGGAGGGUGCGAAAGACGAGGACUGGCUGGCGUUUCUGCAGUGGAUCUUUGCCAUGUUUUAG